CCCGCCCCGCGGCUACGACAAGCGCCGCUCCAUGUUCGACGUCCUGGAGGAGGAGCGCCGGCGCAACUCCAACGAGCUGGCGCGCGAGUUCAAGAGGAGGUCCUACCAGGACGCGCCAGGUAUGAGCCAGUACCAGGAGCUGGCCGACCACGAGCGUUUCCCAGGCCUGGAUCGCGAGACUGCGCGCCUCAACCACCACAGUGCGGGCGGCGGGGGCGGGUCGGCCUCGCGACGCGGGGGCGGCGGCCCGCCUCCGAUGGCGGCGCCCCCAGGCGGCGGCUACCGGCACAGCUACGCCGAGGGCGCGCUGCCGCUGCACCGCACCAACAGCUCCGUCUCCUCGGGUCGCGUAGGCCUCGCCGCCGUCCACCCUUACUGACGUCACGCGCCGCAACAUCCGGAACCGACAGUCGCGUGUUGACCCGCUGGACCGCCCACGUCGGGAGAGAUCCCACUUCGUUCUUCUCCAGUGGCGACUCGAUCUACCAUCACACAAGGAAGCAAGAGCAUAUGCAGCUGUCCAAGAACACUACCACGGUUUGAGUUAAGACAGCUUAUGUUUCGAACACAGGCGCCCCGCAAUUUUUACAAACAUGUCUGAAUCGUCGAUACAUCUUGUUCGAGACUGGCGCUCACAACUGGUGACCCAGUUUUAGGGAGGGAUCUGUCGUGUUGUUUCCACUGCUUGUAUUUCAUCUGAGUGCCAUGUUAGCUAGUUGACCAUCGCGACGUUUUUGACUGUAUAUCCUCCAGACAUUUGUUUUCCUUUUUCACAUACUUCAUACAACUCAUUUGACGAACUUUACUAGUGGUGCAGUUGUAACUUUCAGCAUCAGUUGCGGUGGAAAGGUUAUGGGGGACAGUUUGAAUAUAUUGUGUGGGUCGAUAACGCACAGCAAAAAUACUGUUUUCUAUAGAAAUGCUACUUUUUGCAACCUUUUAAAUAUAUAGUUUUCACAUAGAAGAGCCACUGGGUAGAGAAACAUUGCUAGAAUAUAUGCGCAGGUAAUCAAGCAAGUGUAAACAACGUUGUAAUACGACGCGUCCCUGCGACACCCCCACCCACCCCUCUCCACUGUCUCAUUAUCUGAGUGUUCUCUGCUCAGUAGUAAAGCUUCGUGAGACGUGUUGUAUGCAUGUGGUGUUACAACGUGCUCUUCAUCAGAAACUCUGAUACAUCGAAAGAACUAGUUUCAUGUGCUCUGGAAAAUAGGGUCUUAAGAAAUUUGAACUGUUCGGAUGCUGCAUAUCUAGCUGGUCAUUGACGACAAUUUAUAGUGUGCGUUGGCAUCUUUUCGUGGGGAGCUCUUACUGAAGAACAAUGUGAUAUCUGAUACUUGCUCAGUUUCUACCAUUUUUUCAUCCUUGACUAGUGACCAUCACUCUGCAAGCAGUGGUCUCCGUUGCCAACGGCACAGAACUACAAUGUACAAGGUUUGUCGGAUAACGCCACAUACGAAGAGGUCACAGCAAGACAACGCCACCGCAAGACAAGACGCAGGAGACUUCAUUGUAUUAGCAUUACUUUUACAGGAAAACACUUUCAAAUUAUCCCGGAAAUAUUUAGAUGUUUCAGGAGAUACCGACGGUGAAGUUAACUAUACCUUCCCAGAGCAGCCAAAUUCAUGCAUCUCAAUGUAUUCUUUACAAAACAUUUUGUAAUUAACUCAUGAUAAAUUCCGUCCUUAUAUCAGAGAAAGAAUGCGGUAGAUCCCAAGAGAAGAAUAGAGGAAUAAAUGUCAGCAAGUCGGGAAAUUGUAUUAAUUCUCGUUAAUUUUUUCCAUGUGCGACUAUAUCUAGUUGUUUUUCACUAGAUCAAUUACCGUAUUUAUGUAAUUACGUUUAUAAAAUUGUAACACAUAAACAAUGUAAUAGAUUUUAUUAUACUCAGCAUUCAGCCUAUCGAGAACUGUGAUGUGACUGGUGAACCAAAACUGUCUUGUUUGUCCUUAUGUGACUUUCUCAUAUGUAGAAAUUUAAAGAUCCCUCCAGAAGCCGCCAAAUCUACGGCUAUCACCAGCCCAUUCAAAUGUUUGUCGAUAACAAAGACUAAACGAGCAUAGUUUAUUACGCUAGGACUCUCUUAGGACGAUAGACUGGUAUGAAUACUAAACCUAAUAGCGUAUUAUAUUCAAAAUCCAACAACGAAUACCCUGUAAUAUUAUUAAUGUUCAAAGCGUUCUCUGAUGCUAAAUCUUGCUCAAAAUCUAUUAUAUAGCUCCUGAUUAAUAUUUUGAUAAUACCGCAUAAGGUCGAAGUGAUACAUUAUGUAUGUAUAUAAACAAUUAUUUGCGGUUUUGCCAGAAAUUAGGCUGCUUCUAGUAUGAAAUGGCGUGUUCGGCAGUUGCUACAAUCGGCCUACACUGAUAAAAAAAUAACUGAGCACCUGUCAGUAGCAGGCUUUUUAGGUGAAUGACUUUUAAUUGGAGUUAAUUAAUAAUGAGCCCGAGUUGCAGACAGUUUGCAACGACCAACUUCGUCACCAUGUUCCAGUGGGAAAUUAAACCCUCCGAUUCAAGAAGUUGGGCCUUCGGCAAUAGUCGCUUGUAGAUGGGCAUGUUUCCUAAAGUGACUUUCAUGACGAGAACGGUGUUGUUUCAAGGACAACAUAUUCGAUGAUAUGGUGACCAAUGUGAUCGCCCAUCUGAAGGAGCGCUGGGAUGGUUCCCAACCUCUAUAGUCUGUGUUAUUCCGAAUGUGUCCCAGUUGACAUGUUACGUUCAAUGCAGUCGUUAAUGUUUACAAAAAAAUUAUAGGUGAUCUAUUAAGGAAUUUGUUUCGUUGGCAUCGCUUUCCGUCCCCUCCCCCCUUUUCAAUUUUUGGUUCCUGGUACAGAUAUUGCAAUUGCAUUCAUGAGUAGCAAGCUUCAAAAGCCCUUCUGACAACCUAGUCCAGUUUUUUCCGUUGUUUUCCUAAAGUUCUAAACACGAAUUCUGAGAUGGAUCCACUUAAUGGACCUUUACUAAUUCUCUCCACAUCUUAGUUCAUCUGAGCUAUUAUUCUCUCGAAUACCCCAGAAGAACCAUUAAACCCUAACUUCCCUUUCUUCUUCUCAGUAGUUCAGCGGUGUCACUAUUUCUAAGACCAUUCUUCUGCAUGAAUCCAAAAUUUUCGUGUCUGAAGUGCACUGGAUUCUUCUUUUUUUAUUUUUAUUUUGCGACGAGUUUUUCGGCACUGCUUCUCAGUUGGUAUUUCAUAGUGUUAUACGUAUCAUCGUGUACCUGAAUUCUCAGUCGGAUUUAGAUUUCUCCCUCCUGACACUCACCACUUCUGUUAACUCUGACAACCAUCUUUUAAUGUAGCAAAUGUUCUACCGUUCUUCAAAAUCCACGAUAAUCUGUGUUAACUUGUAUGUACCCCUAUAGCUGGUUGGGUAAGUCAGUCCAUAGCGCGGAGAAAAGCAAGGACAUAGUGCUCGCAAUAGAUGUUUUGUACAUUAUGUGUAAUACUAACACGGACUUCUUAGGACAACAGUAUACUUGCUGCACCAGCUGUGAUUGUUUUACCUGCAACUGCGUGAAGAGUACACUUUCUUUCAGAUGAUCACAUUUUAACUACGACGUCACUAAAUCAAAUUUUCCAAUAUUUUUUCCAUUGAUACGUCUCAAUAAACACAGGCGCUGCUUCCAGCUUCUAGGUUAAGAACUGGCCAUCUAUCCUACAGAGAAAAAUGGUAAACUGUUAACGUUUUAGCGAUAGAAAAGAGUAUUCCUUCCGGGCUGUUUAUAUCGUGUU